AUGUGUGGAAAUGCAGGGUGUUACUUUGAGCUCCGGUACAGCGCCCUCUGCUGGUCACAUGUGGAAUCUCCUUCUGUUGCAUCGACCUUCCGAGGAGUGAGAAAUCACGUCUUUGAGGAGUCGGAUAAUGAGAACUCCAGAGCGAAGAUGAAGGAGAGUAAUGAUGGCUACAUUUAUAUACAGUCCGAUGAUGAUGAUGAGCCGUGCUCUACUGGAUGCUCAAGGAAGAGAAAGGUGGAUGAAGAGGAUCAUAUGUCAGGCCACAUUUAUGUGGUGUCCGAUGAUGAUGAUGAUGAUGAGCCUUAUUCUACUGCUGGAAGCUCAGAGAAGAGGAGGAAAGUGAAUGAAGAUCACACAUCAGGUUAUAUUUAUGUGGUGUCCGAUGAUGAUGAUGAGGAUGAGUCGUAUUCUACUGCUGCAAGUUCAGAGAAGGAGAAGACGGCGGAUGAAAAGGAUUGUGUAUCAGAUGAUUACAUUUAUGUGUCUGAUGAGGAAUCGUGUCCUGGGGAGGCCGAGAGGAGAAUGAGAGAUCUGCAGAUCCGAGAAGCUCUCUUCGAUGAGGUGAGGCAGGAGAUGAGACACAUGGAAGAUUUUUGCCUUGCCUGUGGAGACCUCAGUAUCAGUGACCUGCACCCCCUCUUUGUUGGGAGCCUGUGCAGCAGAUGCAUGAGCUGGUUCCUGAGCUGGGGGUAUCAUGUCGGUGAGGACGGGCGGCAGAGUUACUGCAGUAUAUGCUGCUCCGGGGAGGAGAUUCUGAUGUGCAGUAACAGGAGCUGCUGGAGGUGUUUCUGCGUGGACUGCGUAGACUUGUUGGUGGGACGAGGAACCUCUCAGGCCGCCAUAGAGGAGGAUCCCUGGAGCUGCUACAUGUGCAGAGAGGAGCGCGUCCAUGACUUACUGCAGAGACGGGAGGACUGGCCCCGCCACCUGCAGAACCUGCUGUCCAACACCCACGACCAGGACUAUGACCCGCCACCGCUUUACCCCCCACUGCCCGCAGACAGGAGGAAGCCAAUCAGAGUACUGUCCCUCUUUGAUGGCAUUGCAACAGGAUUACUGGUUCUCAAAAAGCUUAGAAUCAACGUUGAAACAUAUGUGGCGUCAGAGGUGUGUGAGGACGCCAUCACGAUAGGACGGGUACGCCAUCCAGGGCAGAUCGUAUAUGUGGGCGACAUACAGGAUAUAACCAGGAAACAGAUUGAAGAAUGGGGACAAUUCGAUCUGAUAAUUGGCGGCAGUCCUUGCAAUGACUUAUCUCUGGUUAACCCUCACCGGAAAGGCCUUUAUGGGGGAAGUGGACAACUGUUUUUUGACUUUCCACGAUUACUCAAUAAAGUGUUGCCUAAGACAGGAGAGAAUCGGCCAGUCUUCUGGUUAUUCGAGAACGUGGUCGCGAUGGAGAAAGCUUUCCAAAAAACAAUUUCUCUCCACCUGGAGACAAAUCCUGUAAAGAUUGAUGCAGGUGUGGUAUCGGCUGCUCAUCGAGCAAGAUACUUCUGGGGGAACCUGCCUGGCAUGAACAGGCCUCUAGUAGCUACAGAGCAAGAGAAGACAAAGCUUCAAGAUUGCUUGGAGCCCGGAAGAGUCGCGAAGUUCACCAAGAUACAAACCAUUACUACCAGCCCUUGGUCUCUUCGUCAGGGAAAGGAUCAGGAGUUCCCAGUCAUGAUGGAUGGGAAGGAGGACAUCCUGUGGUGCACGGAGAUGGAGAGGGUCUUCGGAUUCCCCCCGCACUAUACGGCUGUCUCAGAUAUGAACCGCUGCUCCCGACAGAAGCUCCUGGGAAGGUCAUGGAGCGUCCCGGUCAUCCGGCAUCUGUUCGCCCCGCUCAAGGAUUAUUUUGAAAAUGUGUAG